UCACAAAGAAAAAGAAAAAAAAAUGCGAGUGACACCGGUUGCAGAUUUUAUUUUAAUUAAAAUUAUUAGAAUUUUUAUAAAUUUUAUAUUCAUUUACUCUUCAAAUUUUAGUUUAGCGGUUGUAGUGUGUAGUUCAUAGUUUCUUCGACUAAAGUUUUAACUCAUGAAGAAAAAGUAUUUGGCUAAAAUGAUUGCUAUUUGUUGUUGUGAGUUGUGACUUGUGAUAACUGUGUUGUUUCAGCUCAGUGCUCGAAGUCUGUGGGUUUAAGGAUCUAAACUUAAUUUAAGAUUUAAAUUCGAUAAAUUGUGAUACAUAAAAAAAUAUUUUUAUUCACAUUCACAUUAAUUUUGAUAUAUUAUGUCACAACUUGUAAAAAUAUUGCUGCCAGAAAUACUUAGUGGCAGAAGCAAAGUGUUUUUAAAAGGAAUAAUAAGAAGCACAGACCAAGAAAGUUUAACAAUAUUUAUUACAACAUUUUCAACCAGUAGUAACUUAUUGGCAGAUAAAAAGUUUAAUGAGGAAAAUACAAUUUGUGGCUACAACAGUGAUCAUCUACCAAAGAAUAUAUUAAAAAAGUAUCCAAAUUCUAUAUUAAUAGAGAAUCUUCAAUAUCCAAAAAUAAAAAGCUUAACAGUGAAUGGUGUUCAGAGAAAUAUUGAGAACUGCAUUGUAAUGUUGUAUGAUUAUGAAAAAAUAAAAUGUUCUGAAACACUUUGCAAAAGUGAAUGUUGCUUUUCCAUGCUACAAGGUUUGAUUUUUGAAGAUUGUAGUAAAUUGCCCAUAAAACCUGAUAACAAGCUAUAUUCAUCAAGUCAUUCAAGUCCAUCAUGGUUGGAAUCAUCAAUGUUCGGUCAACAUCUAUAUAAUUAUGUGCAUUUGAUAAAAUGGUUUUUAAACACAGCUAAAAAGAAGAGAAAGAUAACAAUAGAACAUGGAAACUUUAUAGCAACUGUUAUCUUGGAUGUACUAUUGGGAUAUCUAAUACUGGAACUACUUGUAAAUGACAGAAAAACAAUUGGCACUCUACUUGUAGGAAUUUUAGAGAAAUUAGUAAACUUAAUGUAUUCUUUGUUAAAAUGGCUAAUGGGUGCUCCGGCCGGUCUGAAGUUAAACAAUGCAUUUAAUAAAAUGUUAGGAAACUAUUUUUUGUACCAUGUUGAAUUAUGGUGGUUAUUUUUAGAUAUGUCAGGUGAAAAGUUGGAUAUAGUGAUGCACAUUUAUCAGUACUUGGGUUAUCUGGGGUUCACAUUCCAAGCUGCGAUAAUAUCGGACAUGAUGUGUUUAGCCACCUUUCACUGCUACUGCAUCUAUGUGUAUGCUGCAAGAUUGUUCAGCCUACAAAUAUCAGGUUUAACAGCAUUGCUGAGGUUAUUUGUCGGCAGAAAGUACAACCCACUGCGAGGCGGUAUAGACUCCUGUGAAUACACUAACCAGGAGAUGUUUGUGGGCACCAUAGCGUUCACUAUACUGCUUUUGCUGUUGCCAACAACUAUUAUGUAUUAUAUUGUUUUUACUAUGUUCCGAGUGUUAUCGCUGUCCGUACAAUAUGUUUUGGCGAAAGUCAUAUACAUCAUACAGAGUAUGCCGUUUUACGUUAUGAUUUUAUGGAUGACGCGAUCUCCUAAAAUUGCAGGUGAUAUUCUAAUACAGGAAGUGGAAUGCGACUCGUCAAUUCUCCUCAAAGUGAAACUGGUGUGCAACCAGUCACUCGGAGAUUUAACGGAAUAUUUCAAGCCUCCAGUGAAAGCGCCCAAACAGUUUGACUGGAGUAACAUCAUCUCCAAUGUUUUUACCGGAAAACAAAUAAUAUAGCUGGUUACAUGGAUUCCUGGAUUCAGGCUCAAGACUGUGUAAUUUGGAAGUUCUUACUAGAUGCCUAUGUGCAGCAAUGGACGUAUGGAAUGAGAUGAGUUUAUCGGACCUGCCUUCCGAACUGGUGGUAGGUCACUACGAAUAGUCAAACUUCAAAAUAUUAUUGAAAUAAACGAAUUUUACUAGUAU